AUGUCUACCAUCAAACCACUGAAGCUAUAUGGCGGGAUUUUCCCUGCCAACCCCUUCAAAGUUGCCCUUGUUCUCGAGGAGCUCGGUCUACCCUAUGAAACCGAAGAAGUCUCGAUGAUCGAAAGGAAACAGCCACCGUUUACCAAUAUCAAUCCAAAUGGCCGUACCCCUGCCCUUUAUGACCCAAACACCAAUCUGAAAAUCUGGGAAUCUGGAGCAAUCAUCAGCUACAUCGUCGAUAAGUACGAUAAAGAGAACAAAAUUAGCUUUCCACAUGACACCAACGAAUACUACACUGCAAACCAAUGGCUUCACUUCCAGAUGUCUGGCCAGGGACCCUACUUUGGCCAAUACUUCUGGUUCAUCUCUUACCACCCGGAGAAGGUGCCCAGUGCCAUCGAGCGAUACUACAACGAAAUCAACCGCGUGGUCGGCGUACUGGAGAAGUGGCUUGCUGGUAGCGAGGAUGGAGGUGAUGGAAAAGGCCCAAGGAACUACAUCAUGGGUGACAAAUGCACCUAUACGGAUCUAGCAAUGUACCCAUGGCAAGUGCUCCUCCCAAGACUUGUGUGGAAAGACAAACUCAAUCCCGAGACCGAAUUCCCGAACAGACUCGACCUACGCUUGAACGGAUCUUAA